GCUGCAUUUUUUGGCCUUGGUCAUUUUCUUCUUGACUGCAUGUAAUGUUGGGUGGGAACGAUUCCUCCAGCAACAUCCUGGUUUGGUGGUACUUCAUGCACUGACAGGUACUUAGACGUCUGCCUUUACUUGUUGUAGAUAAGGGUCCGGGGCAGGGCCAGCCUACGAGUGCGACCGUUCAGUCUUCUGCGUGUUUGUCCACCUGAUUUACUAGGAUGCGUUGGAUUAUAAAUGUAGAAUCAAUUGGCCACUAGCACUACCAGAUUUGUUGUCCAUGUGGACGUCCGGACUACUGCAUUUGUCACAGAAGAAUCUGAUUAUUUUCAGUUCUGUCACAAUCUGGUCUUGGCUUGGAUGCGUCGAAUAAAAGCGCUUUGUUGCGGAAAGAUAGACGCACUGUGGAGAUUUUUUUCCUUCCUGAUGUCUGAACGAUGGCAUCGACUACAGCCUGUGAUGAUCGCGUGGCUCAAAUGAGUCCUGACAGCGCCAUAGGCACUCAGGAUGAACUGCCGUCUUUCACCAGGCAGGAAGUUGCCAAGCAUGGGAACCCUUUCUCGGAUACCGGCUGUUGGGUGGUGGUCGACGACUAUGUCUACGACAUAACCCAGUUCAUUCAUGAGCACCCUGGUGGAUUUGAGAUACUGCUGGAGCAUGCAGGCCGCGAUGCGAGCACUGGCUUUAAUUCCAUUAACCACUCGAGCAAGGCAAAGCAGCGUUUGGCAACACUGCGCAUAGGAAAGAUAGUGAAGAGGUGAGCGAGAGAAAAAUUCCUCCGAAGUGGUGUGCUCCCCUACGGUGUGGCCGACUUUGUGAACUACUUGCUUUUAAUAGAUCUUUCUUGUAUCUCUGGACUUGAUAUGGGGCAGUGGUAUUGCCUUUUUCCUGUUCCCUCCCCCCCCCCCCCCCCCCUGGAUUAUAUCCCCCAUUCACUAUCACCAAGACCUUCUCAUGCCACUGGUGUUAGCACAUUAAUUAGUACAAACAGUUCUAGUCUAGCUGAACAUGUUCUAGCUGGAUAGGGUUCCAUUCAUACGACAUAGGCCUCGCUAGCAGCAACCGUUAGUAGAUUUCGUAUUGAGUUAGUUUUUAUUAUUAUAAAUCUUUAGUCUUUAUCACUGAUUCUGUUCCAGAUAGUGGUACUUGAAGUAUGUAGCAGAUUAUCUAGCCGGUUUUGUUAUGUAGACUGCUAACAUUAUAGUGGCCCCGCUAUUGGUUCGUCUGGGUGUUGAACUAGAUCCUUUUUUUCGGCCCAUUCCCACCGAGCAACUGGUAUCCCUCUCAGAAAAAUGGCAAGUACUGUACGUAUACUGGAAUUAAAAAAUCGUGUUGAAUGGUUAAAUGGCUUCCACAUUUUUCUCAUAAAGCGUCUACUUGUAAGAAAAUCUCCAUCUUAUUUGAAUUUUUCAAUGGUUGAUCACAUGGCACAAUUUUGAACUUUUAACAAUUUUCUUUAACAUUUUUCGUAUUCCACAUGAUGCUGGUAAUAAUAGCGUUACCAUCGAA